AUGGAGAGCAGCGACCGGGACAUGUACCGCCAGUUUCAAGACUGGUGUCUCAGGACUUACGGGGACUCCGGGAAAACCAAGACGGUGACCCGUAAAAAAUACGACCGGAUCGUCCAGCUCCUGAACGGCUCCGAGUCGAGCUCCACGGAUAAUGCCAAAUUCAAAUUCUGGGUCAAAUCUAAAGGCUUCCAGCUCGGCAACUCGGACGAGGUCAGUGGUGGUGCUGGAGGAGGGAAGCAAGUGCUGUACGUGCCAGUCAAAACCACGGAUGGGGUAGGUGUAGAUGAGAAGCUGUCAUUACGGCGGGUAGCCGUCGUAGAAGAUUUCUUUGACAUUAUCUAUUCCAUGCACGUGGAAACUGGGCCUAAUGGAGAACAAAUCAGAAAACAUGCUGGACAAAAGAGAACCUAUAAAGCAAUUUCAGAGACCUAUGCCUUCCUACCGAGAGAAGCGGUGACACGGUUUCUAAUGAGCUGCUCAGAGUGCCAGAAAAGAAUGCAUUUAAACCCAGAUGGAGCGGAUCAUAAAGAUAAUGGAAAACCUCCAACUUUGGUGACCAGUAUGAUUGAUUACAACAUGCCAAUUACUAUGGCCUAUAUGAAACACAUGAAACUGCAGCUACUAAAUUCACAGCAAGAUGAGGAUGAAAGCUCUAUAGAGAGUGAUGAGUUUGAUAUGAGUGAUUCAACUAGGAUGUCAGCUGUGAACUCUGACCUCAGUUCAAACCUGGAAGAGAGAAUGCAAAGUCCUCAGAACCUCCAGGGCCAGCAGGAUGAUGAUUCAGCCGCAGAGAGUUUUAAUGGCAAUGAGACCGUGGGACACAGUUCCAAUGCUUCAGGGGGAACACACUGCAGGGAGAUGGCAGAAACCAACAGUAAUGGCAAAACAAAUCUGGAGGAGGAUGAGCAGCCUUUGAACCUGAGUGACAGUCCCCUCUCUGCUCAGCUGACUUCAGAAUACAGACUAGAUGAUCACAGCAGUAAUGGAAAGAACAAAUACAAGACUCUCCUAAUUUCUGAUCUCAAGAUGGAACGGGAGGCAAGAGAAAAUGGAAGCAAGUCCCCUGCACAUAGCUACUCAAGCUAUGACUCUGGCAAGAAUGAGAGUGUAGGCAGAGGUGCUGAAGAUUUGUCUCUGAAUCGAGGAGAUGAGGAUGAGGAUGACCAUGACGAGCAGGAAGAUCCCGAGAAGGUUAAUGAAUCAGAUGGGGUAGAAGCUGAGCGACUCAAAGCUUUUAACAUGUUUGUCAGGCUGUUUGUAGAUGAAAACUUAGACCGAAUGGUCCCAAUCUCUAAGCAGCCCAAAGAAAAGAUCCAGGCUAUCAUUGACUCAUGCAGGCGACAAUUCCCUGAGUAUCAAGAGCGUGCCAGAAAGCGCAUCCGUACUUACCUCAAGUCCUGCAGGCGGAUGAAAAGAAGUGGUUUUGAGAUGUCACGACCUAUUCCCUCACACCUUACUUCAGCAGUUGCAGAGAGUAUCCUGGCUUCUGCCUGUGAGAGUGAAAGCAGAAAUGCUGCAAAAAGGAUGCGGUUGGAUAGACAGCAGGAUGAGGCUUCUCCAUCUGACAAACAGUACAAACAGGAGCCAGCCCAGGUCACCUACUCAACAUCAGCAGUUUCCAGCACACAGGAGGUGUUGUACAUCAAUGGCAACGGGACCUACAGUUACCAUAGUUACAGAGGGCUCGGAGGUGGGCUGCUAAAUCUCAACGAUGCUUCUAGCAGUGAUCCACAGCCUGCCUCCACCACAGCCGCGACCCAGCACUGCAUCCCAGGCACCACAAACGUUCAGUCCCCAUCCAGCUCAGGUCCAACAGAUCUCAGUAUGAAGAGGCAGUUAGCAACCAGCUCCGGAUCCUCCAGUAGUUCAAGCUCUAGACCUCAGCUGAGUCCGACUGAAAUAAACGCAGUGAGGCAGCUUGUGGCAGGGUAUAGAGAAUCAGCAGCAUUUUUAUUGCGUUCUGCAGAUGAACUGGAAAACCUUAUUUUGCAGCAGAACUGA